AUGCGGACCGGAGGCCAGCCGGGCCCCCUGCUCUGGUCUCUGCUGCUGCUGCUGCUGCUUCUGAGCCCAAAGGCCGCCCCUGCCCCGCAGUCCCGCGCCCCUAGUCCCUCGCAGGCUCCGGGGGAGGCCAGAGAGAGCCCGGGGGUGCAGGAGGGCCGGGAGCCCGCAGUCAGAACUCAAGGUCCGUUUGAAGCAGAGGGCGUGGGGCCGAGCGGACCUCGGAGGCAGAGGGCAGGGCGCAGGGAGCAUUUGAGCGGGCCCCUGGGCCACAGGGGCAGGGGGUCGAGGUCUCGGCAAGACCAGGUGGACGGGGGUGUCUCUACAGUGUGUGGGAAGCCUCAGGUGGUGGGGAAGAUCUAUGGUGGCCAGGACGCAGCGGCUGGCCAGUGGCCAUGGCAGGCCAGCCUUCUCUACCGGGGCUCACACCUCUGCGGAGCUGUCCUCAUUGACUCCCGCUGGCUGCUGUCAACUGCCCAUUGCUUUCUCAACAAAUCCCAGGCCCUGGAGAACUAUCAGGUUCUGUUGGGAAACACCCAACUGUAUCAUGAAACCCAGCACACCCGGAAGAUAUCUGUGUACCGGAUCAUCACCCACCCAGACUUUGAGAAGCUCCACCCCUUUGGGAGUGACAUUGCCAUGUUGCAGCUGCACCCGCCUGUGAACUUCACUUCCUACAUUGUCCCCAUCUGCCUCCCAUCCUGGAACAUGCAGCUGCCCAGUAAUGUGUCCUGUUGGAUAACCGGCUGGGGAAUGCUCACCGAAGACCGUGAGGGGGUGUGGGAGUGGCGGGAAGAUGAAGGAGGGGAGGGAGAGGGAGGCGGGAGAGAAGAAGGGAGGAUGGCUUAACUAGGCAAAGAGGAAGCCACUGGACUUGGCCCUUUGCGCCUCAUUUCCAUGACCUGUAAGCUGAGGACCACCACGCUGGGU